AUGUCUCCUGCUCCCCUUGCUGCCGAUGUGCAGCCUGACCGGCAAUUGAAAAUCCUGGCCCGAGCCUUUGAAGCUCUGCUACUAACCACCCAACAACUCAGCACCAAGGAGAAACUCCUAGAAACCAGGCUGAAAUACGCCGCUGAUGAGUAUCUGAAGCUAUCGUGCAGACUCCCUGAGGGUCGCGAUUCCCAUGCGGAAAUUGUCUCGGAGAGAAUCCUCGACCGCCAUUAUGAAUUUGACAGUCCUCGCAAACAGAAAAUAAACCUAUUGGAUGUAGUAAAAGACCUUGCAGAGUCUGGAAACGUAGGAGAUUCGAGCCUCGCUGCCAUAACUGCGGGGGUGGAGUGCUAUAAAACCUUCCUGGAUACCCAGGAUGAUAAUAAGACCUCGGAUCCCAACCCCGGUCUGGUUGCGACAAGAGCCGGCUCGUUAGAAAAGGACUUCACUACCAAGGGCACGCGUGGAAGUCUGCGCUGCCCCUUUGCGAAGCCUCACAAUAAACCCUCUGAAAACGGGGUAACCAACGGGAUCGAAAAUGCUCUGCCGUCUCAGAAUGGCGAUUCUUGUGGCAUCGAACAUCUAGACCCCAUCAAAGCCGAGCAGCUCGAUAGGCAAUCCACCCAAACACCGUCUGCACGGUCAUCGACCACCCGAUGCCCUGUUUCUCGCUGUCCCAUCAGGUUUCUAGAUCAACAUAGCCCGGAAGAGAUUGCCGACUAUGUCGAACGACACAAGCAUGAGAUACCCCGAAGUCACGCGAUCUGUGUCAAGCGGUACUCGAACAGCUCUCGACAGCUCGAUGCGAAAUACGGUGACCUCACCAACAUGAUCCGAGGCCUAUCGCAAAAGCACCAAGCGUUCCUCCCUGGCCGCGACCGCAGUCAAACUACUAGUUCAUCCGUCGAGCGGGUGGAGAAAUGGGCGGAGGAAGUUGGUCUGAAGUCGGAGAUGCAGCCUUCCAUCAAAGAAGAGGAAGAGGAGAAUGAGGAAGAACGGAAAGGCCAUUUCGACCGCCCUAUGCGAGAAGUCCGCGUUGGUGAAUCGCCAAGCAGGCCUUGGGGAAUCCAUGUGCCAGUUCCUCUACCUCCAGUGGCAUCUGAAUCGGCGCAAAAUCCAGCAGCUGAUCUUGUCGAAUCCUCUGCUGAUACGCAGUCGAAUAAAAACGCUACAGCAGAUGGCCCCCGCAAAGUUGGUCGCUGUCCAUUCGGCCACGGUGGUGCAGCACCUCCCCCCGACCAUCCAGCAAUUGAAACAGAGACGAUCCGCAAGGAAGACAAGCCGUCCAGGCCUAAGACUCCACCCCCGGAGGAGAAGGAAGAGAAUCCUGCAAACCCGCCGGGUGUGCAAGUCCCUCUAAACGGCCCAACUGUUGUGAUCAAUGGUCCUGUGUUCUUCGGAUUCUCUGCCGAGCAUACUGCGACCUUUAUGCAACAGUUAGCCAGCAUGGGAAUUAAUAAGCUCUGA